AUGUGUGGAGGUUCCACCUGGAAGCGAGAGGUCGUUCCAGACCAUAAGUUCGAUUUCGUCGAUACACGAGAAUUCACCGAUCAUGGGAUUGGCAUGCGAUUCAAGUAUCUGUUCCUAUACAUCAGCGUGUUCAUCUCAUUCCUUGUCUAUGUUUCCGACAUCUUCACCGCGGUGACCAUGUUAACCACCAAAUCAUGGUCCAACGAAAUCUAUAACAGUUGUCCGCCGGACCAGUCAGACGGCUGCGUAUACAUCCCAUUUUCGAUUGGCAAGUGGCUGUUCUUUGGUUGUAUCAUCUUCUCCUUCUUGCUGCUGGCAUAUGAGGCACGUAAGGCAAAGAAGAUCAUCGCCAGUCGUGAUAUCUCAUACGCAUUCACCAAUGUCAUGGCUCAUAACUAUUAUUCGUUGAGGUCGUAUGAUCACUUCUGUUUCUUCGAUCACAUCUCCAACUCCACCAAGAAGCAAGAUGACUUUGCCUUCUUCGUCUUCUUUACAUUUAAGGGCUGGAAGCGUAUCAUUCUGGCUGAAGGUCCCCGCCAGUCGAUCAACGCUCUCACCUUGUACGCCUUCUAUCUCACGAGGGUACACGAUGGUUCUUGGUACGACAUUAGCAAAUACUUCGCUGGCAACGACAUCCUGGCUACAGCUCUAACUAUCUCCACCGGAUUCACUGUCCUUGUCUUCGCCCUCUCCCUGCUCAUGCUCAUCAUAGCCGGUAUCUGCUACAUCCCGUUGCUGUGCUACAUCCAGGGGAAUCUCAAGGAAUAUUGCUGCCACAAAGUCGACAAGCGUAUAGCCGAGAUUAUUAAGAGGAGAAACAAGCAGCGUCUCGCUAAGGCCGCUGCUCUCGCCAAGAAGGAAGCCGCCGGCGAUUACUCGCACCUCAAGAACAAGAAAGGAGAACUCGUUGUCAAGCCUCUUCCCCAGCCGACUCUUCCGAAUGUUUCCCUUGACGAUGACGAUGACGCAUCGUCCAUGCGCACUCGUGGUCCUCCCCCCAGUACCGUCUCUCCCAGUGACUACUACUACGCUGGGCAGAAGGGUCCGUCGGAGUAUGUUGAAUACGCCGCAGACAACGACCCUAUGGACUACCCGCCUAUGCCUGGAUACAAUCAGCCGUACGCGCACCAUCCCGACAUGUACCAUCAGUACAAUCCGUCUACAGGCACGUUCCAAGACGAUCAGGCUAUAUACGACGAUGAGUACGCCAGCACAGCUCAUCUGACCUCCUCCGCUGCUCCGUUCGGAAAAACGGACGAUGGCGCACAUAUGAUGCAUAAUCCCUACAGCACAUAUACCACGAACCAACACGAUCCGCAUCAAGGGAAUGGUACACCGGUGCCAGAGUAUACCCAGUACCAGGCUUAUCCGCAACACCCACAGGGUCACGUCCCCGCGGGUGGAGCUGCAUAUGAAACCCACGGCGGGGCUCUUUACAAUGAUGCGUAUCACCACGAGACGUAUGAGUACGAUGCAGGACAGGCACAUGCUGUGUAG